CUCGAUCAAUUCCCUCAAAGUCAAACCCAAUUUCACCAUCCAUUAACAACAAACAUUCGAGAUCGAUCAUGAGCGGCGACGUUCCCAGAUCUCUCACCGAGGCCUCUCUCACCCUCUUCAAUCUCACCAUCUCCGCCGCCUCCGACCCCUGGCCUUUCUCUAUCCUCUACGUACUCAUCUUCUAAUUCCUUCUAACCCAUCUCCCUUGAUUAAUUAUUAAUCUCAUACUACGUACAUACACUUCUUUCAUGAUUUGAUCUCCUACCGUCGGCGUUAAACGAAAUCAAAAGAGUUCGUACGUGAGUCGUCGAUCAUUCACCCUCGUUAUUAAUUAUUAGCUGGGAGAUGAAGAUCCACCACCACCGCCAGCACUACCACCUCGGCCACUUUUGUCAAAUUCAUCACCACGAGAAGGACGGUGGUGAUGAUGAUCUAAAGGAUGUACCGAGAGGGUGUGUGGCGGUGAUGGUGGGGCAAGGGCGGGAGCAGCAGCGAUUCGUCAUCCCGGUCAUCUACGUCAACCACCCCCUUUUCCUGAGUCUGUUGAAGGAAGCUGAGGAGGAGUACGGGUUCAGCCACAAUGGCCCCAUCACCAUCCCAUGCCACGUCGCGGAGUUUCGACAAGUCGAGGGCAUCAUACAUAAGGAGACUACUUCCCAACACCACCACCACAACCAUCUCCACUCCGGCUGCUUCAAAAUCAGGGCUUAAAAAGAUAAUACUCGUCCUGUCUCGGAGUAUUUGUUCACUUUUGAAUUUUUUUCGAUCAAAAUUGGUAAACUUUAACCCUUAAUUAAAUAAAAAUGAUAUUAGAUACUGAUAUAAAAAUAAUUUUACUCGAUUUAUUAUAUAAAAUAUUUCCAAAAUAUUAUUUUAUAAAAUUAAUAUACAAUAUAUAUUUUAUUUAAAUAUGAAUUAAAGGUUAAAAAUGAUUGACUGAAAAAAGUCCAAACUUGACAGAUACUCGGAGAUGGGGUAGUAGUAAUAAUAAGGGAGAAAAACCAAAAUAGCACUCUAAGACCCUUAAAAUACUCUAAAUAGCAGUGUUAUAUGUUUCGUACAUGUGAUUUCGAUUUUGUCCUUUAAUUAAACAGCAAAUAAUAAUUGUAUUGCUGCAGCAAUUUAAAAUAGCGUACUCGGUCAUUGCCGUUGCGUUCUAUCUAAAGUGU